UUGAACUAAGCAGCCUGGAAGUAUUUAAUCUGUGGCACCAGUUCCCCAGAGGUCUGCAGCUUGAACUGGACUUGGGCAGCACUCUAGAGACGUGGGAGUAAACACUGCACAGAAAUCUCUGCCCAUCUCAGGAGAAACUAAACUUGGGAAAAAUGUUUGCGGUACACUUGAUGGCCUUUUACUUCACCAAGCUGAAGGAGGAUCAGAUUAAGAAGGUGGACAGGUUCCUGUAUCACAUGCGACUCUCGGAUGAGACCCUUUUGGACAUCAUGGCUCGGUUCCAGGCUGAAAUGCAGAAGGGCCUGGGGAAGGACACCAGCCCCACAGCCUCAGUGAAGAUGCUGCCCACCUUUGUCAGGGCCAUUCCAGAUGGCUCGGAAAAUGGGGAGUUUCUUUCCCUGGAUCUUGGAGGAUCCAAGUUUCGAGUCUUGAAGGUGCAAGUCUCUGAAGAGGGGAAACGAAAUGUCCAGAUGGAGAGUCAGUUCUACCCAACACCCAAUGAAAUCAUCCGAGGGAACGGCUUGGAGCUGUUUGAAUACGUAGCUGACUGUCUGGCAGAUUUCAUGAACACCAAAGGGUUGAAGCAUAAGAAAUUGCCCCUUGGCCUAACCUUUUCUUUUCCCUGCAGACAGACUAAAUUGGAAGAGGGUGUCCUGCUUUCAUGGACGAAGAAGUUUAAGGCGCGGGGAGUUCAGGACACAGAUGUAGUGAGCUGUCUGACCAAAGCUAUAAAAAAACACAAGGACAUCGAUGUGGACAUCCUGGCCUUGGUCAAUGACACCGUGGGGACCAUGAUGACGUGCGCCUACGAUGAUCCCUACUGCGAAGUUGGUGUCAUCAUUGGCACUGGCACCAACGCGUGUUACAUGGAGGACAUGAGCAACAUUGACCUGGUGGAAGGUGACGAGGGGAGGAUGUGCAUCAACACCGAGUGGGGGGCCUUUGGGGACGACGGGGCCCUGGAAGACAUCCGAACCGAGUUUGACCGGGAGUUGGACCUGGGCUCUCUCAACCCGGGGAAGCAACUGUUUGAGAAGAUGAUCAGCGGCCUAUACCUGGGCGAACUCGUCAGGCUUAUCUUGCUGAAGAUGGCCAAGUCAGGCCUCCUGUUUGGUGGUGAGAAAUCCUCUGCUCUCCACACUAAGGGCAAGAUUGAAACACGGCAUGUGGCUGCCAUGGAGAAGUAUAAAGAAGGCCUUGCCAAUACAAGAGAGAUCCUGAUGGAUCUGGGCCUGGAGCCUUCGGAGGCUGAUUGCAUUGCGGUCCAGCACGUCUGCACCAUCGUCUCCUUCCGCUCAGCCAAUCUCUGUGCAGCGGCCCUGGCAGCCAUCCUGACACGCCUCCGGGAGAACAAGAAGCUGGUGCGACUCCGGACCACGGUGGGCAUGGACGGCACACUCUACAAGAUUCACCCUCAGUACCCAAAACGCCUGCACAAGGUGGUAAGGAAACUGGUCCCGAACUGUGACGUCCGCUUCCUCCUCUCGGAGAGUGGCAGCACCAAGGGGGCUGCCAUGGUGACAGCGGUGGCCUCCCGCGUGCAGGCCCAGCGGAAGCUGAUUGACAUGGUGCUGGCUUUAUUCCGGUUGACCCAAGAGCAGCUCGUGGGUGUGCAGGACAAAAUGCGGGCUGAGCUCGAGUAUGGGCUGAAGAGGGACACCCACCCGCUGGCCACAGUCAAGAUGCUGCCCACCUACGUCUGCGGGAUGCCGGAUGGCACAGAGAAAGGAAAGUUCCUUGCCCUGGAUCUGGGGGGAACCAACUUCCGUGUUCUCCUGGUGAAGAUCAGAAGUGGACGGAGGUCGGUGCGAAUGUACAACAAGAUCUUCGCCAUCCCCCUGGAGAUUAUGCAGGGCACCGGUGAGGAGCUCUUUGACCAUAUUGUGCAGUGCAUUGCUGACUUCCUGGACUAUAUGGGCCUCAAGGGAGCCCAGCUGCCUUUGGGCUUCACGUUCUCCUUUCCCUGCAGGCAGGCGAGCAUUGACAAGGGAACACUCAUUGGGUGGACCAAAGGCUUCAAGGCCACUGACUGUGAAGGGGAAGAUGUAGUGGACAUGCUCAGGGAAGCUAUCAAGAGGAGAAAUGAAUUUGACCUGGACAUAGUUGCAGUCGUGAAUGACACAGUGGGAACCAUGAUGACCUGUGGCUAUGAAGAUCCUAAUUGUGAGAUUGGCCUGAUUGCAGGAACAGGCAGCAACCUAUGCUACAUGGAGGAGAUGAGGAAUAUCGAACAGGUGGAAGGGGACGAAGGGAAGAUGUGCAUUAACACAGAGUGGGGAGGAUUUGGAGAUAAUGGCUGCAUAGAUGACAUCCGGACCCAAUAUGACAAGGAGGUGGAUGAGGGGUCCUUGAAUCCUGGCAAACAGAGAUACGAGAAAAUGACCAGUGGGAUGUACCUGGGGGAGAUCGUGCGGCAGAUCCUGAUUGACCUGACCAAGCAGGGUCUCCUCUUCCGUGGGCAGAUUUCAGAGCGUCUCCGGACCAGAGGCAUCUUUGAAACCAAGUUCCUGUCCCAGAUUGAAAGCGACCGGCUGGCCCUCCUCCAGGUCAGGAGGAUCCUGCAGCAGCUCGGCCUGGACAGCACAUGUGAGGACAGCAUCGUGGUGAAGGAGGUGUGCGGAGCUGUGUCCCGGCGGGCGGCGCAGCUCUGUGGCGCUGGCCUGGCUGCCAUCGUAGAGAAAAGGAGGGAAGACCAGGGGCUUGAGCACAUGAGGAUCACCGUGGGCGUGGACGGCACCCUGUACAAGCUGCAUCCGCACUUUUCUCGGCUAUUGCAGGAAACUGUGAAAGAACUAGCUCCUCGAUGUGAUGUGACCUUCAUGUUGUCAGAAGAUGGGAGUGGAAAGGGAGCAGCUCUGAUCACUGCUGUGGCCAAAAGGUUACAGCAGGCGGGGAAGAACUAGGAGUCCCUCGAGGUUGGGCUUGAUGCUCCUUGGAUACUGACCAGCCCUUCCUCUGGCAGAUGAGUUGGUCAGGGACCAACAAGCAACCUUCUGGCUGACUUCACCUUCUGGAUGGCUGAAAGAGAACCCCAGGUUCUCGGGUACUCUUAGCAUUUUGUUACUGGUUUUCAAGGGCAUUAAAUGACAUCUUUAUUUGGCAUAUUGGGGCCAACUUGUAAAAUCAAAGCGUCAGACCCAAGAGAUCCCCUUUCAGCAAAUUUUUCUGUUGAGGCCUGAGCUGUUAGCUCUCUAUGGCUUUGGGUUCUGUGGCUGCUGGACUGGGAAACAUAUACACGAUCUGCCCACGUGACCUGGCUGGCUGAGUUCCCCACUGGGAUGCUUCAGCUGUAGCUUGUAGUAGAUUGGGCCCUCUACUGUGGAUGAACAUUUGAGAGGGAUAGGGACUCAUGUAAUAAACUGGAGAUCUAAUCUAACUUGACCUUAACUUGUGUGUUGACUUCAAAUGUGAAGAGAGAACAAAGACUUUGGAGUAUUCAGCUCCAGGAUGAAGAGGAGUUGAUUGCCAGGGAGCCCUGUAGGACUCUUUUCAUGCCUAAAGUGAGUCAUAUCAGGACCCUGUAGGGUUUUGUUUCUCAAUAUGCUUGUGUCAUGGGGAAGGGUGCCGUGUGGGGCACCUAUUUUUCAUUUUACAUGUGGUUUGUGUUGCUGCUGUUGAUAGUUGUUUUAAGGACUGUUAGGUAUAUGAAAUCCAGUAAAUGAAUAAAAAAUAUUUGAUUUCCUGAGAAUCUUU